UGUCCUUACGUAUAUGUAAUAUGUACACACAUUUACAUGUAUACAAAACACAAUAUAUAUACGUCACAUGGAAUAUAUAUAGAGAGUCGGGCUCGACUAAACAUGCAUCACCGACUCAGCCACUUUCAAUAUCUCUCUCUCUCUCUCUCUCUCUCUCUCUCUCUCUCUCUCUCUCUCUCUCUCUCUCUCUCUCUCUCUCCUCGGGAUCAAGAAAAGUGAAGAAGGAUGAGAAUGACAAGAGAUGGAAAAGAACAUGAAUACAAGAAAGGUUUAUGGACAGUGGAAGAAGACAAGAUCCUCAUGGAUUAUGUCCGAACUCAUGGCCAAGGCCACUGGAACCGCAUCGCCAAGAAAACUGGGCUCAAGAGAUGUGGGAAAAGCUGUAGGUUGAGAUGGAUGAACUACUUAAGCCCUAAUGUUAACAGAGGCAAUUUCACUGACCAAGAAGAAGAUCUCAUCAUCAGACUCCACAAGCUCCUCGGCAACAGAUGGUCGUUGAUAGCAAAAAGAGUUCCUGGAAGAACAGACAACCAAGUAAAGAAUUAUUGGAACACACAUCUCAGCAAGAAACUUGGUCUCGGAGAUCAUUCAACUGCCGUCAAAGCUGCUUGCGGCGCAGAGUCUCCACCGUCUAUGGCCCUUAUAACCACAACGUCCUCCUCUCAUCAAGAGAUCUCCGGUGAAAAAAUUUCAACUGUCAGGUUCGACACUUUAGUUGACGAAUCCAAACUCAAACCAAAAUCCAAACCAGUCCACGCAACACCAACUGACGUAGAAGUUGCAGCUACGGUUCCAAAUCUGUUCGAUACCUUUUGGGUUCUUGAAGACGACUUCGAGCUUAGUUCACUCACUAUGAUGGAUUUUACUAAUGGGUACUGCCUUUGAAUAUCUUUGAUGAUUAGCUUCAAAGAAGUAAUUAAUUAUCGAAUAUUAGAUUAUAAUGAACAAGAAUAAGAAUAUGAAUACUAUUAAUUUUUUUUCCAAUAUUUUCUUGUAGCUUUUGUAAUUUUUUUUGUAAAAGUAAGGAUGAUCAGUUGAUAAGAAAAUUAUAGAAAGUUAUUUGGUUAUUUCACUAAUGUAACCAAAUUAAAUCCCAUAUUAGUUUACAAGUUAGUUACUACAAGAAAACAUGGAUUUUCCGACUGCACAAGUAGUCGUUAAAUGGUGGUUUACAUUACAAUUAAAAAUUAUAGUCGUAAAUCGAUAGACGUUAAUUAAUGAUUACGUUACGACUAGUACGCUUAACAUAUAGUCGUAAAUAUAGUCGUAAUUAUAUACGUAACAUAGUCAUUAAAUGUUACUACUAGUUUACGAUUAAACCGGAUGAAUAGAAGUUUGUUUGGUGUAGUUAUGAUGACUAUUUUGCGACUAUUUGCCGACUAUUUUAUGACUGAUUUAACGACUAUUAAAUAUACUUGUUGGCAAAAUAAUAAUUUCGUUUUUUUUCCGGUUGUAAUUGGUUUUGUAUCUCAAAUUGAAACCAAGAUUCUCUAAUGCAACCAAAACCAUUUACAAGUCAGACAAUGUAACCAAAUCAAACUUAAAUAACAUCUAAGAUUCUCACAUAAACAAAGAAACCAAAAAGGUUUUAAAUACAACAGACAAGUUCUGAAGAGGAACAGACAAGUUUUUGAGAGGGGAGAAGUUCAUGGAAGUUAUGAAAAAGAGAGUAAUAACCUAAGAAUCAGAUGGAGUUGUUGUGGAAAGACCGGUUGAGAAAGGCUAUGUGGUUACUGAAGCGGAAUAAGUUUCUAUGAAGUCCAGAAAGGCCAGAUAAAUUGCUCGCAUGUACUUUUUCACCAAGUACUAAAACUCUUGGUUUCUAUAUCCAAUUAGGGGUUUUUUCAAAAAAAAAAAAAAAAUCAAUCCUAAUUUUUAGCGUAGUGGAAAAUACAGACUACCCUAUAUAAUAGUUUGUCAAUAUCUAAUUUAUAUCACUUAGUUUGGCAUCUUUCUAAUAAUGGUAUGUUGUACUCGAACAUAUUUAAACAAAUGGUAUAGCUAAACAAUUUUUACAUGUGAGAAAAUCUAAAAUGAUAAAAGGAGAGUAAAAUAGAAUCUUUGCUUGCCCACAGGUCGGAAAAUUUAACAUUUUAAGUCAAUAAUUACGGUCAACCAAGAUAAUCCAGCUGUUACAAGCCUUGA